AUGGUUCUGGGCCAAGCUGUCAACAUGAGUUUGAUGGACAUUUCGAAGAUCUUCUCCCUGCUGCAGCCGAAGGAGGAGGAUGAGGACAACGAGCAGUGUCAGGCCUUGAACAACGCCGUGGGCGCCGACGACGCCACUCUGCUCUCCGAGCUUCUGUCUCAGGAGAGUUACAGGGGGUCUAUCAAUGCCCGGAGCGGGUGGGGGGUCCCGGUAACCCCCUUGCGCAGCGCUGCUGCCCUGGGACACCUGAGGUGCUUGCAGUUGUUGUUAGAGCACGGCGCAGAGAUCGACAGCCUGGACGUGAAGGCCCAGACGCCUCUGUUCACAGCCGUCAGUGGGAAACAUCUGGACUGCGUGGUCGCCCUGCUGAAGGCCGGAGCCGAUCCCAACGGCAGCCAGUACAACAACUGUUCCCCGGUGUUGACGGCGGCCCGCGAGGGCGACGUGGACGUGCUGCGGGAGCUGCUGCGCUUUGGAGCCGAGGUGGACGCCAAGCCCAGGGUCCCCGAGUGGGCCUCCAAUGCCACGACCUGCAGAGGGGCCCUCUACAUCUCGGCCGUGUACGGACACCUGGGCGGCUUCAAGCUGCUCCUUCUCCACGGGGCCAACCCCGACUACAACUGCACAGACGAGAAGGUGCUGGCCCGGAUCAAGCAGCCGAAGACAGUCCUGGAGGUGUGUCUGCAAUACGGCUGCGGGGUGGAGUACAUCCAGCUGCUCAUCGACUUUGGGGCGGACGUGUUUCUGCCCACGCUGAUCAUCGACAAGACCACGAAGCAGAACGAAGCGCUGAUCCUGCUGCUCAAAGAGAGAGUCUGUCCCAAAACACUGAUGUCUCAGACUCGGCUGGCAAUACGAAGACGCCUGCCCUUCGCCGAUAAAGAGCCCGCCAUCGACAUUUUGGACGUUCCUUUGAUCCUGAGGAACUAUUUGAAGCACGAGACCUCUGAACACAUAUGA